AAAAGAAUUUGAGUAAAACCGAAAAAAAUUACAAAAACGAAACACUAUUUCCAUAUUUAUAAAAUACAAAAUAAAGCCACUUAAAGCGGUGUGCCCCUCACCUAAGCCCAAGUAUUAACCUAAGUCCCCUCUUAGCUCUUGAAAAAAUAUUUGACAUGUCUCCCCCUCUUUAAACCCCUUUUCCCCUCAUAAAUAAUGAACAGUCCCUCACUCGUCUGCAGCUGCAGAGCUCUGUGCAGCCGGCAGGUGCUGCUGCGGCUCUUCAGCCUCUGAAUCAACAACAUGUCAGUGGAAGUGACACAUUCAACAUGAAUCUGCAACAAGAAGCAGCUGCCAACAGUCAGACUGCAGAAAUGUGACGCUUUUUUUCCGGUUUUACUCAGCGUCUCCCCGUUCAGUCAUAACUGACAUUCACUGAUGGAGGUGAAACCUCCUUCCUCCUGGUUUCACAAUAAAUUAAUAUCAGCCUGUAAACUGUUUUCAGAUCAGAUGUUUCAGAGUGAAAAAAAGUGGGAAAAAACAGACGGGAAAGAAGAACUGUCUGAGUAGGGAGAGGGUGUGGAGCUGCUGUUAAUCUGUUACGCAAGACAGUCCACACACACACACACACACACACACACACACACACACACACACACACUGAGGCAGUGUUUCGAGUGUGAAAAGCUGCAUAUUUUCUUCACUAAGAGUCUAAAGUUUGUCUGCAGUCAGGAUGUUGCUGGAGCUGCUGCUGUUUGCUGCUCUGUUAGUCUGCACUUAUUUCUUCGUGCAGGCGUUCGUUCUGAAGCUGCCCAGAUGUCAGCCCAGAUGUCAAAGUGCCGUAAAGCUGCACGGGAAAACUGCCAUCGUCACCGGAGCAAACACCGGCAUCGGUAAGACCACAGCGAUGGACCUGGCCAGGAGGGGGGCGAGGGUGAUCCUGGCCUGCAGGGACAGACGGCGAGCUGAGGCCGCCGCCCAGGAAAUCAUCCAGGAGACGGGGAACAGCCAGGUGAUCUUCAUGCAGCUCGACCUGGCCAGUCUGAAGUCUGUUCGCUCCUUCGCUGACGACUUCCUGCGGUCCGAGUCCAGGCUGGAUCUGCUCAUCAACAACGCCGGUGUGAUAAUCGAUGGAAAGACGGAGGACGGAUUCGGGAUGAUCUUUGGCGUCAAUCACCUGGGUCACUUCCUGUUGACGGCGUUGCUCCUGGAGCGGCUGAAGGCAAGCGGGCCGAGCCGUGUGGUGAACGUGGCCUCCCUAGCAUAUGAGAGGGGGACGGUGGAUUUCAACUGUCUGACGACGCAGCGAGACCUCGCUUUGGGAAACAGCGACUCGCAGAUCUUCAAGAAGUACUGCCACAGCAAACUGUGCAACGUCCUCUUCACCCACGAGCUCGCCAAGAGGCUGGACGGCACCGACGUCACCUGCUACAGCCUCCACCCAGGAGGUAUACGGACAGAGAUUGGUCGUAACGUUGGUUUCUGGUGGGGGCUUGUCGUGAAGCUCGUCAUGUUCCUGUUCUUUGUGGACGUUGAGUCCGGAGCCCAGACCACGCUCCACUGUGCCCUCGAGCCAGGCAUCGAACACCUCAGCGGAUACUACUUCUCCAUGUGCGCACCGAAGAUGGACAUGGAGUCGAAGGCGAGAGACGAUGCCGCAGCCAAGAAGCUGUGGGAGCUCAGCGAGAGUUUCUGCGGUCUCGGGACUUUCAGAGUUUCAGGUGAACAUCAGAGCCAAUCAGGGCCGAGCAGAACCGGUCGGACCGGAGCGAGCCGUGACUCAGAGGCAGGAGCAGCCGGUCGGACAGGUGAGGCCCCGCAGGUGAGGCCUAUAAGAGGCGCCCCCCUUCAGGUGCAGGAUCAGACCGUCACCAUGCUUCAGCUGCUGCUGCUGGCCGCCGUGGUCCUGGGAGGAUACGUGUUCCUCACACGGACCCUCUUCAGAAGGGCCAAAUGUAAAGGGAACGCGGCCAUGGGCGGGAAGACCGUCAUCAUCACAGGAGGAAACACCGGCAUCGGUAAAGCCACGGCGAUGCACCUCGCCAAGAAGGGCGCCAGAGUGAUCCUGGCCUGCCGCAACCGGUCCAAGGCCGAGGCCGCCAUCGCAGAUAUACAACAGGAAACAGGAAGUACUGACGUGCUCUACAUGCAGCUGGACCUGGCCAGUCUGAAGUCCGUCCGCUGCUUCACCGAAACGUUCCUGAAGGCCGAGUCCAGACUGGACCUGCUCAUCAACAACGCUGGUCUGGUGGCGGACGGACGGACAGAAGACGGUUUUGGCAUCGAGUUCGGGGUGAACCACCUGGGUCACUUCCUGCUGACGCACCUGCUGCUGGAGCGUCUGAAGGAGGACGGAGGGGGACGGGUGGUCACGCUGUCCUCCAUGGCUUAUCGCUGGGGACACAUCGACCUGGAGGCGCUGGCGGUGAACAAACACCUUGGCACCGGCAGGUACAGCUGGCAGUUCUUCCAGGCGUACUGCAACAGCAAACUGUGUAACGUGCUCUUCACCCACGAGCUCGCCAAGAGGCUGAAAGGAACCAACGUCACCUGCUACAGCGUCCACCCAGGUGUGGUCCGGACCGAGCUGUCCCGUCACGUCAGCCUGUGGCAGAAGGUCUUCAUCGAGCCCGUGGCGCGGCUGCUGUUCCUGGACCCGGAGGCCGGCGCUCAGACCACGCUGCACUGCGCCCUGCAGGAGGGAAUCGAACCCCUGAGCGGACGGUACUUCUCCUGCUGCGGAGUGCAGGAAGUGUGCGCCCACGCCCGGGACGACACCGUUGCCCUGAAACUGUGGGAGGUCAGCGAGGAGCUCUGUGGACUCGCUUAAGGUGGAAGGACCACGAUGGUGUUUUUCUCCACCUUAACCCUUUGAAACCUGAGCAACAUGAGGUAAUGAGUACAUUUGGGAAAAAAAGACCCAAAACAGAGCAAA